GUGUGUGUGGCACGAGGCGGGCUGUUGUCACCCAGUGUCACUCAUCUGCAGCUCGUGCAGAUCAGACUCUGGUAGCUGUCUCUGGUUUCUUCGUUCCAUCCAGAGGACCAGCAGCCUCCGGUGGCUCACCUGGACCCGAGGAGCGGAGGCGAGGAGCCCGACACAGGGCUGUAGAAUGGGGUGAUGAGGACUCUCCUCUGCUGACUAGUGAUGGCCACAGCAUCACCUCGACAUUUGUUGGAUGACAUAAUAAACCCAGAACAACAGCAGCAGGACCAACAGGAGCAGGAGGAAUUCUUGAGCUCGGUGGAGACCGUCGUUCUCACCAUCUUCCUCUCCAUCAUCAUCAUCAUGACGGUGUUUGGGAACCUGCUGGUGAUGGUGGCGCUCUGCAAGGACAGACAUCUACGAAAGAAAAAGACCAACUACUUCAUCGUGUCGCUGGCAUUUGCUGACCUCCUGGUGGCGCUGGUUGUGAUGCCCUUCGCUGCGAUCGAGCUGACGACCGGCCAUUGGCGCUACGGAGAGAUUUUCUGCCUGGUGCGAACGUCUCUGGACGUCUUGUUGACCACAGCGUCCAUCCUGCACCUCUGCUGCAUUGCACUGGACAGGUAUUAUGCUAUCUGCUGCCAGCCGCUGGUCUACAGACACAAGAUGACGCCGCUGAGGGUGGCCGUCAUGCUCGGUGGCUGCUGGCUCAUCCCCACGUUCAUCUCCUUCCUUCCCAUCAUGCAAAGCUGGAACGCUAUCGGGAUAGAGGACAUUAUUGAGGAGAGGCGAGCCCUGACCGGAGGCUCUAACGACACCAGCUGUGUGUUCCUGGUCAACCGGCCGUACGCCCUCAUCUGUUCUGCCGUGGCCUUCUACGUCCCAUUAGCCCUCAUGGUUCUGGCCUACCAGCGGAUCUACGUCACCGCUAUGACCCACGUACGGCAGAUAGAGACGCUCCAGCGGGCCGGUUCUGCUCCGGUCGGCAGCACCGAGCCCAUCGUCACCGUGAGGUCGUCCACCUCCUCAGACCCUCUGGACCACUACCGCCUCAGGACAACAACGGGUUCCUCCUCCUCAGAGCAGGCCCCCGUAUCAACCAGCCGUAUGCGCAUCGAGACGAAGGCAGCAAAGACGCUGGCGGUUAUUAUGGGCUGUUUCUGCCUGUGCUGGGCACCGUUCUUCAUCACUAACGUGGUGGAUCCCUUCAUCCACUAUUCGGUGCCGUGGCAGCUGUGGACGGCCUGGCUGUGGCUCGGCUACAUUAACUCAGGGCUGAACCCGUUCCUCUACGCCUUUCUGAACCGAGCUUUCCGGAGGGCGUUUCUGGUGAUCCUCUGCUGUGGGGAUGAGCGCUACUCUCGGCAGGGCAGCUGCUCCUAUGGACACACUCACAGAGCAUGCUCGGCUGCAUCGGUCAACGGGACGUCCAUGGCACUGAGAUUGUCUUUCCUGCCAAACCGGAGCUACAGCGACAACGGCAGGACGAUACUGGGCCAUGAGCACGAGUCCCAGGACUCUCUUUGACCACUAAGAGGAUGACUUUUCAAAAAACAGAACUGAAGCAUCGUCAUAAGAUGUGGCAGAGGUUGGAGUUGGACCAGCGUGAACUGACUGGACUGACCUGGAUACUCACUCUACAAACCAGCAUCUUUAUUUUUUGACUCCUUUGGACUCUAAAUGAGCAAAAUGAAGCAUCCUGGUGCAGAAUUGAAGAAAUGGAAUACUUGUAUGAACAUGCCAACCGUAUGUUUCCAGAUCUAGCACCCAAAGAACUAUUUCUUCAACAUCUCGAUCACAACAUGGAGACAACAAACUACAAGCCUGCUACGAGCUGCAAGACACCUUCUGCUUGUUCACCUCUUAGAUGACAUUCUGUUAUAGUUUAACUUAAAGACAUAAAAGAGCUAACUGGUCAUACUGACAUUUUAUUUGAUUGAAGUCUCAUAUUUUGUACAGUGAUGUGUUUACUUAUCAAAUACAUCAAAGAUUAUUCAGUUUUCCAGUAGUUGUGAACAAAACACCAAAGACUGAGGAUAUGGAUCUAAAUUAAUUGAAGUUCUGUCCUGUUAGAAAGGUGAUGAAACAUGUUUUCAUGGCACAUAAAUCAUUGUUGGGCUCCAAAUCUGAUCACAACCAACAGUAAAGCUGAAGAGCAGCUGUGGAAACUUCAACUGUCAGUGUUAAAUCUGUUUUCUGGACUUGAUCAUUAUCAUCCUGCCAAACGCAACAGUCAUGUAUGUAGUAAUGUACUUUUUGUAAAUGAAUACGAUAAGAAGAUUUUGUAAAGUUCCAAAGCGCUGAAAGUACCUACAUAUACAACCUCUGGACAGACACAUCGUCAUAUACAUGUAUCUGAAUGAGUAAAAGCUUCAGGAAUAUGAGAAAAGCAACUGGUCUGCUAAUUAUUGAUUGUGAAAUGCUUCAACACAGUGACUUAAAUGCAGAUGAAGCUGCUUUGCAUGAGGUGAAGUUGGAGAUUGGAGAUUGUUUUUAGACACAGCAGCAACUUAUGGAGACAUCAGAAGUAGGUUAGACCGGAGAUCAGGAGCUGAAGUUGAAAUGAUUCUUGCAUUUGUUGAUUUCACACUUUGGAAGCUGAACCUGCAGCUGGAGGGAAGCAGCUAAAAACCACAACGAGAAGCCUGAAGACACCAACCAUCCUGUAGCUGCACAACCAUGAUCUUUCACCAGAUUCAAUUCAUCAAAGAGUUUGGCCUCGUGGUGUAUUUUUAAACCGACCGAGUAGUUCCCCAGUCCACUUGUGGAUCUAUUGAGGACCACAUAGAGUAACCUAAACUGAAGCAUCAGCUGAAAUAAAACACUUUACAUCGCCCAACAUGUGCAACAGGUCUCCACAAAGGUUUGAUGAUCACCUGAUUCUCACCUCCUGUCAUCUCCUACAUCACCACAUCAUGGUUCUUCCAACAUUCCAACCUGUAUAAUCUUUGUUUUCAGUACAUCUUGUGGUUUUAA